AUGGUCAACAACGUCGAGAUUCCACCACACUACACCGACUCGCCGUCAUCGCUCGUGGGUACACCACAUUUGACUAUCAAUCGAGACAUUACUGCUCUCGAUCUUGACUCCAGCAAUGCCUUUGAGGGACCAGAGAAACUCUUAGAGGUGUGGUUCAGUGCCUCGGACCGGGCAUUGCCCGCCUCUGCCAGCCCUCAUGGACUCAAGGCAGUCUCUCAGGACUCGUGGAAGGAGAUGCUUGAUCUUGUCAACUGCAAGGUCUUGUCGGUUGUCGAGUCUCGCAAUGUCGACGCUUAUCUCCUCUCCGAGUCCAGCAUGUUCGUCUUCCCACACAAGCUUGUGUUGAAGACUUGCGGCACCACCACUCUUCUGUGUGGACUCCCGCGCAUGCUUGAGAUUGCAGCUCUCGAGGCUGGCUUUCCACAUGUCAAGGCCAAUCUUCCUGAGGGUACUGCGGCGGCUGCGACUCCCCACCGGGUCUUCUACAGUCGCAAGAACUUCCUCUUCCCCAACCAGCAGCGUGGUCCACACCGUAGCUGGCGAGAUGAGGUUCGCUACUUGGACAAGAUGUUCUUGGGUGGCAGUGCGUACAUGAUUGGGAAGAUGAACGGCGAGCACUGGUAUCUGUACAUUACUGGACCUCGCACCCAGCUCACGCCGCCGGCAACCCCAGAGGAUGACAAGUUGCAGACUCCAACACAGAAGAUGAUGCUACCAGAGAAGACCAACGGCGCUACUUUGGCUGACACUGAGCCAGAAGAUGAGACGUUGGAGAUUCUCAUGACUGAUCUCGAGGAGACGAAUGCUCGUCAAUUCUACCUCGACAACGCCAGCAGCAUCGCCCAAGACAACGCUCGUCAGGCUCAUGUCAUCCGCAAGGAGGCUAUCCAGCACUUGGGUGUCAUCCCUGAAGCCAAUGGCUCGGAUCCAAGCAUCUCUGGAAACACCCUCGUCGGUGGCAGCGACUCUGGCUUUGAUGUCUUCGCUCAGACUUCCAGCGACCACUCUGGCUACAAUUCUCCAGCUGACGAGGAGCCACUGUCGUUUGCGGAAGAGUUGAGUACCGAGGGUCAUACUUUGGGAUCGGUCGUCACCGAGAACUGCGGUCUCGCCGACGUCUACCCAACCUCCAAAUACCCAGACGCCCGCAUCGACUCGUACCUUUUCACCCCAUGCGGCUACUCAGCCAACGGAGUGGUGCCAAUGCCAGGCAACGCCGAUUCGACCUCGUACUGGACCGUCCACGUCACACCCGAGCCUCAAUGCUCUUACGCCAGCUUCGAGACCAACGUGCCCACUCGUCACACCGGUCGCGACACUGUCGACGUCGUGCAGCAAGUCGUGGGCAUCUUCAAGCCAGGACGCUUUUCCGUCACCCUGUUCGAGGCCAAGGAUGACAAUGACAUGGCUUACGCUAAGAGGGAUAAGCGCAUGGAUCACAUCCGUAGCUAUCGACGCGUGGAUCGGAUCGUCCAUGAUUUGGAGGGGUAUGAGUUGGUCUUCAGGUACUUUGAGCGCGAGGACUGGAAGGGAACCGAUGGACCGCGCAUCGGCGAGACCAGCCCGUAG